AUGUCUAAUGAUAAUGCUAAAGUAUCUGAUUCUGGGUACACAAAUACCAAUGAAAACAGUCAGUCUCAACGAAGGAGUGGAAGUUCCCUUUCUCGAAACAGUAAUCGUUCAGAGAGCAGUGGAUAUUGUGGUGGCCGCCCUUCCAAUUCUGGCAUACGCAAUGAAGCUUGCCCGCAGCCAAUCAAUAAGAAAAAAGUCAAAGAUUACAAAAAGAAAAAGUCAAAGACUACAACUCCUGUUAAAUCUGCGAGCCAACAAACCAAAAAUGGACUUUACACAGUGGUUUCCAAUGCACUGGACCAGAAGCUUGAGAAAUCAGAAGACGUAGGUAAUGUAGAGUUGAUGGAUGCUACUGAUCUUGGUGAGCCCAAAGGCGACUCAAAGCUCAUCAUACCUGAGAGAGAAAUUGGUUCUCAUAUAAACUCUUUGGACAAUAUCGGCCCAAAUUUAAAUGAUGGGUUUUACAUGGUUGUGUCAUUGAUUGACGGAAUCAUACUCUAUUCAUCAGCUUCUUUGCAGAAAGUGCUUGGCUAUCCGAAAGGCAGCUGUAUUAAUUCUUUCUUGAUAGACCUAGUCCAUCCGAAUAACCGAGGGUUGCUUACAGAGAAAGUCGCUGAGAGAGUUUUUUUGUCUUCUUCAGAUAUUCGCAAAGAAAAUGUUAAAGAACAAGAAAUAAGUUUCUUUUGUUAUUUGCGAUGUUAUACAAACAAUGUUCAGCCCGUUGACGCCUCAAAUUUAAAAAAUAAUUCAUCCAAUAAAUUUUCCGAAGCAAUAAACAAUAAUAAUCAUCCAACUUCAAUACCAACUUAUUUACCAUUUUAUAUGAGUUUGAGGCUUAAUAAAAAUCAUUCUGAAUUACCAGACACAGAUAAAACAAUAGCCUCAUUCGCAAGCUCAUUUACAACUCGGCAUAAUACUAACUGCCGCCUGUCUCACGUCGACGAUGAGGUGCUUUAUUAUUUCGGUUAUUUACCUCAAGACAUGCUGAGCCAAUCAAUAUGUGAUUACUACCAUCCCGAGGAUAUGCCCAUUAUCAAAGAGAUCUACAAGACUAUUAUUAGAAACUCUGGAGCGGCGUUCAAGUCGAAACCAUACAGAUUUAUUAUUAAAAACGGAGAAUAUGUGUUAUUGGAGACCGAGUGGUCAGCAUUUAUCAACCCUUGGACGAAAAAAAUUGAUUUUAUUGUAGGUCAACAUCGCGUUGUUCGUGGCCCUGUUAACAUAAAUAUAUUUGACGACUCGUACCGUCAAUUAUCCGGGUCAAUGACUAAUAUAAUAACAGAUAAAUUUACCGAAGAAGUAUUGAUUAAAUCGAAGAUUAUCGAGGGCGAGAUCUGUGCCCUCCUUGCUGAGAAAAUCCAGACGUCGUCCACCACUAACUACGACUUGACUAUUAAAUCCAAAGAUAUUGCAUCCAUUAUUGAGAACAUUACCAAUGAUCACAUUAAAUUAUCACUGCCCACCUUUGGGGCAUCUGUUAUGGAUUUGGAUGAUAGAAGAUUUUUGGUGAAUAUUAUUAUUCGCUUAAAUUUUCAUUUUUUACAUUUUACCUAUUUUGUACUUAAUGUUGUA